AUGGAUGAAGUGUUGUUAGUAAAGAAAUUAGUUGAAGACGCCAUUGUUCCAACAAGAGGGUCAAAGUGUGCUGCAGGAAUUGAUUUAUACUCUAAUACAAAUUUUAUAAUUCAACCUCAUGAAAGGUUUUUAGUUUCAACGGGAAUCUCAAUUCAAAUACCACACCAGUGUUAUGGGAGAAUAGCUCCACGAUCAUCACUAGCACUCAAAUAUGGAAUUGAUGUUGGUGCUGGUGUUAUUGAUGAAGACUAUAGAGGUGAAAUAAAAGUAAUUCUGUUUAAUCACUCAAAUGAAAUAUUUAAUGGUAGAAGAGGUGAUAGAAUAGCACAACUCAUUAUUGAAAGAAUUUCAUAUUGUAGAAUUUCAGAAGUAAAAGAAUUAAACAAAACUGAUAGAGGAACAAAUGGUUUUGGUUCUACAGGUAAAUAA